AUCUAUAAUCGUCGUCCCUUAUAAAUGUCAGCUUCGUCUGAAACAAACGCGAAAAAUAUGCCGGAGGACACAGAAUCAAUAAAUAAAAACACAAGUACAGCAACUAAAAGUGAUACUAUGAAAAGUUUAAUUGAUAAAAAUAAUAGCAAAAGUGUGAGUGACUCCGAAACGAUAAUCAAAGUUAAAAGUGUUAUUCCCAGAAAAAGACAGGAGCUGCUGAAAUGGUACGGUUGGGGGUACAAAGAUUCAAUGUUCAAGUUGGAACAAGGUCAAGCAAUGUUUACGGGCAACAGAUACUUAAUCGGUGGUAAAACUCUACCACACUGUCUACAAUGGGUUCAUGAAAAUUUCGACGUAGAUGUAACCAAACCACCAAAGAUCCCACAAUUACCGGAGUCUUUUACAAAAAGCAGACUACCAGAUGACAUAAAAGAGGAAUUGGAAAACAUCGCUCUGGUCAGUGUGGACGGUAUGGACAGAUUGAUAAGAGCCCAUGGACAGACACUCAAAGAUAUGUCGUUAUUAAGAAGUAAUAGUUUCAAGAGAAUACCAGACGCAGUUAUAUGGCCGGAGAGUCACGAACAAGUGGUACAAAUCGUACAAAGCGCGACCCGUCAUAAUUUCGUGAUCAUCCCGUUCGGUGGCGGCACGUCAGUGUCUGGGGCUAUUACGUGUCCCGCAGACGAGCCUCGACCGAUUGUCGUACUGGAUACGAGCGAUAUGAACUCCAUACUCUGGAUGGAUAAAGAACAGUUGCUGGCUAGAGUACAGGCGGGUAUCGUCGGCCAGGAUUUAGAGCGGGAGAUGCGAGCCCGGGGGUUCACAGUGGGUCAUGAACCAGAUUCAUUUGAAUUCUCAACGCUGGGAGGCUGGGUUGCUACCCGCGCUAGUGGCAUGAAGAAAAACACUUACGGCAAUAUUGAGGACUUGGUGGUGCAGACGAAGGUGGUGACCGCUGUGGGGGUGAUAGAGAAGAGCUGUCGCGUGCCGCGGCUGUCGUGCGGCCCGGACUGGGAGCACGUCGUUAUGGGCUCCGAGGGAUGCCUCGGUGUCGUUACUGAGGUGACAUUGAAGAUCCGUCCGUUGCCAGAGGUGGUGCGGUACGGGUCGCUGGUGUUCCCGCACUGGCAGGCGGGCUUCCAGUUCGAGCGCGAGGUGGCGCGCCGCCGCCUGCAGCCCGCCAGCAUACGACUCAUGGAUAAUGAACAGUUUCGUUUCGGCCACGCGGUGAAGACGCAGUCCUCGUGGGGCGGGGUGGUGCUGGACGGGCUGAAGAAGUUCUACAUUACCUGCAUCAAGGGUUUCGACCCUCGCGAGCUGUGCGUGGUGACGCUGCUGCUGGAGGGCAGCGCGGAGGAGGUGGCGGAGCGCGAGAGGCGGCUGAAUGCCAUCGCCGCCAUGUUCGCUGGAAUACCAGGAGGUGCUACCAAUGGAGAAGUAGGGUAUACCUUGACCUUCGUCAUUGCCUAUAUACGGGACCUGGCGCUGGAGUACGACAUCGUGGCGGAGUCUUUCGAGACGUCAGUGUCGUGGGAGCGCGCGCUGGCGCUCUGCCGCAACACCAAGCAGCGCGUGCGCAGCGAGUGCGCGCACCGCCACAUCACCAGAUACCUCAUCUCCUGCAGGCUCACGCAGACUUACGACGCGGGGUGCUGCAUAUAUUUCUACUUCGCGUUCAACAGCGCGGGCUGCGCUGACGCGGUCGCGACCUACGAGGAGAUAGAAGACGCCGCGCGCGAGGAGAUACUGGCUAGCGGAGGUUCGAUAUCCCAUCACCACGGUGUAGGAAAGCUACGCAAGAAGUGGUAUGAGCAGACAGUGAGCGGCGCGGGGCGCGCGCUGCUGCUGGCGGCGAAGCGCGCGCUGGAUCCUGACAAUAUAUUCGCAUUGGCCAACAUGGCCUUCGACGAAUACAUACCUGAAGCCAAAAGUAAACUAUAAUUAUUUUUAAUAUAUCAGCGAAAAAAUUCAAAGAUAUGUGUAUAGUCAAC